AUGGCGACAACACAGAACCGUGACGGCGCGUUGCGAAAGACACACACGGCAGAUAUGCACGCCCAAAAGCUGCCAAAUGCGCCAACGAAGCGGAAGAUGCAGGCAAAGAAGGUCGAGGAUGAGGGGCUCAUGGCCUCUAUAUGCACGCUCAUCUGUGAGCACCAGAUUGGCAUCUCCGUCAACCUGCUCACCCUCCUUUGCCUCACCCACACAUUCUUCCCCCGCGCUCGAAGCCGGACCUCCAAGUUCUUCCACAUGUCCUACUACAACCCCGAGACCGACAUGUACGGCUGUGGCACCGACGAUCUGCCCUUUGUACUACUGUGGACCGUCAUCUUCACCGGUGUACGCGUGGCAGUCAUGGAAUACAUGCUCGACCCGCUAGCGAGACUCGGUGGUAUCAGGACAAAGAAGGGCCUGGACCGGUUCAAGGAGCAGGCAUGGUUGAUUAUUUACUACACCGCGUCGUGGUCUCUAGGAAUGUACAUCAUGUACCAUUCCGAGUUCUGGCUGAACCUCCACGGCAUAUGGGAAGGCUGGCCGUUCCGGGAAGCCGAUGGCCUCUUCAAAUGGUACUACCUCGUUCAAUGGGGGUUCUGGGUCCAGCAGAUUCUCGUUGUCAACAUCGAGGAGAAGCGCAAAGACUACGCACAAAUGUUCACCCACCACAUCUUCACCACCGCCUUGAUGUGCUUGUCGUACGGCUACUUCCACAUGCGCGUCGGCAUCGUCAUCUUGACCAUCAUGGACUUUGUCGACAUCAUCUUGCCAACCGCCAAACUUCUCAAGUACAUGGGCUACUCCAACGCCUGUGACUACGCAUUCGGUCUCUUCGUCCUCGCCUGGAUCGUCACCCGCCACGUCCUCUACAUGAUGGUCUGCUGGUCCAUCUACGCCUACGCCCCCGUCGACAUGGCACCGGGCUGCUACCUCGCCGACUCCACCUCGAAGCAAACGUCCUUUGUCCCCGCAUCCAACACCUCGCAAUUCGAAGCCUACGGCGGCAACAACCACUGGGGCAAUCUUCUCAAGGCAUACAACGACCGCAACGGACCGAUUUGUUGGAACCCGCAAAUCCGCUACUACUUCCUCGCGCUCCUCCUCACACUCCAAGUCUUCUGCUGCAUAUGGUUUGCUACCAUCGCAAAGGUCGUAUACAAGGUGCUCAAGGGCACUGGCGCUGAUGACCUGCGCUCCGACGACGAGGGCGAGGAUGACGAGGUUGAGGUUGAUCAGACCAAGACGAUUUUCAACAUGGCGACUACCUGCGGCGAGAGUGGAAUGAGCUCCAUGACGCCAAAGGAAGAGGAAGUUGGUGUCGAUGCGCUCACGUUUGCAAGGUUAAACGGGGCGAGUCACAGGCGCCAGGCGAAGAGGGAGAGUUCGCGUGCGAGCGGGAUUAGUAUUCCUGGUCAUGGCGAUCGCAAGGAGUUGUUGGGACGGAUUGGGUGUGAUAAGCCUUCGUAA